AUGUCCACUCCCUUCUCCGUAAAGGAUAUAUUAAACCUGGAGCAGAAUCACGACGUUAUGGUAUCUUCUCUGGACGUUUCUCCUCGCAUGGACUGCUGCACCGGGCCGGCAUCCUCCUCCUCCUCUUCCUCCUGCAUGCUGGCCCGCCUGAAGCAGGAGUCUAUCCGGGACAUGUCCGCCGCCGCCGCCUCUCUGUUCGCGGAGGACAGCCAAGAGUUCAAACCCAGCAGAGGCCAUGCGCUCAGCUUCGCUUCUGCCUUUUAUGGCAAAUCUCUCGCAGAGAUGGAUGUGGAGAAGGGUGGGAAAUCAGGCGCGUUUGAGGAAAAAACAACUAAAGGGGACUACGGGGUUGUGGUCGAGCCCGUGGAGGACGCAAAGCCCGAGGAGGAUCCAGACCGGCCCAGGCCUCGGAGGCGCAGGAAGCCGCGGGUGCUCUUCUCCCAGGCGCAGGUGUACGAGCUGGAGCGGCGCUUCAAGCAGCAGCGCUACCUGUCCGCCCCGGAGAGGGACCACCUGGCCGGGGUGCUCAAACUCACCCCCACGCAGGUCAAGAUCUGGUUCCAGAACCGGAGGUACAAGUGCAAGCGGCAGCGGCAGGACCAGAGCCUGGAGAUGGUGUCCCUGCCCCCGCCGCGGCGCGUGUCGGUGCCGGUGCUGGUGCGGGACGGGAAGCCGUGCCUGGCGGCGGACGCGGCCGCCUACAACCCCUCCUACGGCGUGGCCCCCAUCAACCACUUCGCCUACAACAACUACCCGGCGUUCAGCGGCUACGCCAGCCCCGGCUGCAACACGAACUACGCCUGCAGCUACCCCGCGGCCCCGGUGCAGACCGGGUCCUCCAACAACGGGAAUUACAUGAAUUUUGGGGUCGGGGACUUGAAUAAUGUCCAGAACACGUUCUCUCCCAACGGAGUGUCUUCCCUACACGGCAUUAGGACAUGGUAA